UCCUGACACAUUCUCAUCUCCGAAAAAAACGCAUUAGGUGAUCAAGCACUCCAUACACCUAACACCUCUACCCGAACAUAAUUGACUUUUACUCAAGAUGGACAUCGGCUUUAGGAUGGACCUCAUCGCAGCGUCAUGGCAUCAGCCGUUAAGUAUAGUUAAAGUCCACAUUGCACUCUCAAGGCAUGGCUACGGUUGAAGAAAUAUAAAGAUACGAACAAACCGACCAUGGCUUCAUCAACUUGGUUCUUUAGAUUAAUCAACGCUCCUCGCAUAUCUACACUACAUCCCAGACCUAAAUUUCAGCAACUCUCAUAUAUUCACAUAUCAUCUCAUUCAAGACACUUCUCUCAAAAACCAACCCAGGUUCGCAUUCAAGACAACAUGACUGGCAACGUUUGGUUCAUCGCCGGAGCGAGCAACGGCUUCGGUCGCGCCAUCGGCUUCGAAGCUCUAAAACGAGGAGAUAAGGUGGUCGCUACAUCGCGUAACCCUGCCAAGAUGGCCGACCUCAAAGAAGCCGGCGCCAUGGUGUACGCUCUCGACGUAACCGCCGACGAUGCGACCAUACAGGCAGCACUCCAGAAGGCGAUCGACGCCUACGGCAAGAUCACGCACUGCAUCAACGCCGCGGGUUACAUAUUAGAAGCUUGCAUCGAGGAAGCCUCGCCGAAGGAAGUUUUCGACUUAUUCAACACCAAUGUCUUGGGCGUCAUGAACGUGACGCGCAAUGUCAUGAAGCAUAUGCGCCCUCAGCGGGAAGGUGUAAUUGCCAACUUCGGCAGCCUGGGCAGCUGGCGAGGCGGCCCGGCGGCCGGAUACUACGCAUCGGCGAAGUUCGCCAUGACCGGAUUCACCGAGUCGCUGUACGAGGAAGGAAAGGAGCUCGGCAUCUCCGGCGUCAUCAUCGAGCCGGGAUACUUCCGAACGGGGUUCCUCAACACGGGCGGCGGCAACCGACUGAUGGCGGCGAACCCGCUGACCAAGGAGUACGAAGGCACGGUCGUGGCGGCGACCAAGGCCCGGCUUAGCAGCGUCGACAACAAGCAGCCGGGAGACGUCGUUAAAGGCGCCAAAGCUAUCGUCGACGUGCUGACGCGGACGGGAGUCGCGGAGGGCAAGGAGAUCCCCAUGAGACUUGUGCUUGGUGGCGACGCGGUGGCGGUCAUCAAGGACAAGAUCGCGAGGACCGAGGCCAAUCUUAAAGAGUGGGAAGAUGUUAUCCUUAGUACGGACCACGACGAUGUCAAGAAAUGAGAAGCAUCCUAUCGCAUCAGAGCAGUCAGAUAUAUUAAUCACUUCAAAAUGUAAGGUUUAGAAAGGGGCGUUAGCUAGUAGAAAUAUGUGUCUUUUUUUCUUAGAAUUAAAUUUGUAAAUUAUUGAAGAA